AUGACCAAACUGCAGUUUUUAAACGUCUUUUUGACUGAGCGGCUCAUGCUCGCUGCGCAGGAGAUUUACAAAUCUGUCGAGGACACGAUUUUAGAGUACCAGGAGGAGAUAGCGAUCCGAGAGCGGGAGAACGACCAUCUGAGACGCAGGCUGCGAGACGCUGGGAUUGAAAUAUGGCCAGACCGCCCAUCGAUGGCGCUGUUGGAUGAGGAGGAAGGCGAGCAUCCACGGCGUGAGUGGAGUCCCAGCAUGGGGCACGAAGAACGUAUUCCUAUUCAGAUCAAGGAUAAAAGAGAUCUUCGGACCAACCAAGGAGAUGAUCAACUUCGUGGGCAUGGCUCUUGCAGCACACCAGAAAACAUGUUCACUCCCCCACGAGUUGGAAAUCAGUAUCCCCAAGACGGCCCUCACACGUCCAACCUCCCUCAGAGUCAAGGUGUGGAGAACAGAGAGCGGGAUCCAGGAUCUCGAAGCUCCUCGAGGCAUGUGAAGGCAGAGAGUGGAGGAAACCACAGAGGCUCUACUUCCUCCAACAGCGGUGCCCAGCCUCUCGCACCAGUCAACCCAAACUGCUCAAAUGAGAACAACAUUGACAUUAUUGGAGUGGAGAAUGGAGGACAGAUGGUUGGUGCUAAGGGAAAUGGAAAUGGAGCUAACAGAGGACAGGCCUCUCACAUGCGCAACCAAGGAGCCAAUGCUGUUGACUGCACCCAUCAAAAGUCCCCUCUACAAGGCCACAUGUCAUCCUUCUGCUGCAAGGUUUGUGGUGAAGCAUUUAGUCACAUUGGCCACUUGCACGUGCACGUACAAGUGCAUACACGGGAAAAACCCUACCGCUGUGGUGUAUGCGGAAAAUGCUGCAGCUCCUCCGGGAGGCUGCAGGAGCACCAGCGUAGCCACACAGGAGAAAAACCAUUCCGCUGUCAGAUUUGUGGAAAGGGCUUCACACAGAUGGCUCACCUGAAGGUACACAUGAGGAUCCACACCGGGGAGAAGCCUUACAGUUGCCCUGUUUGUGGCAAGUGCUUCAGCCGCUCUGACAAAAUAAAGAGGCAUCUCCAGACCCAUAGCCGUGAGGGAACAUAUUUCUCAGGGCAAUGAUGCAAAUGUGUUAUUGAUCAACCCAGUUUGUGAAUCAUAUUGAUGUGGGAAACUUUUCUACAAAAAGCUAAAAUCGCUGCCAUUAAGACAAGGCUUUUUUCUUCCAACUUUCCAAGAACUAGGAAAAUUGCAACUCUUAGAGCAAGUUUUUUAUCUAACCUAAUACUUCUCCACGCCAUAGUCCCUCAAUAGGUUUUGUAUUAGCCAGUUUAGUAUGUCAUUUACUUAAUUUUGUACUUGUCACUGAGUAUUAAAUCUCAGAGACACAAUUUGAGUUAUUAGCUAGCCUUUUUGAAUUAUCUAGCCUUCCUUAGUCACAUAAUUAGCAUGAUGAAGUCUUCCACACAUGCCUUGAAACUGAGAUGCAUUAAGAAAUGCAACAGUGUUCAGCACGGUCACAGAUUAUCUUCAGCCAGUCACUUCAUAUCUCACAAGUUCACGAGAGCUUGAAAUUUGCGGACUUGGCAUCUAUCUUGUAUUCAUUAUUGUAGCCUAAAAAUAGGAGUCAGAUCACCACGUUCUCAGUUAAAAUUUAAAUUAACUACAGAAUAAAUGACUUGACAAAUGAAGCCUGUGUGUCAUCUGGCUUAGUCUAACACUGCCAGUAGUUCAAGUUAAUGACACAAAAUUCAGGCAGACAAAAGGCUACUAAAAUACCCCAUCAACUGCAGACCUGUGCUCACAGACAUGACACUUUCACAGUUUACAAGGAGUCGUCUGAUCUGACACUUUAACUUCAUAUUUCUCUUCAUCUUUGCUUCUUUUUCUUCUCAGUGCUGUUACAUUGUUGCAGAGCUAAAUACUGCCAUCUCACAUCAUCAGUGCUUCAUGUUGUCCAUUGAAAUAUGGAGAACUCUGUUGUGAGACUGCUCCACAUUUUUGUGAAGAUAAUGUGAUAAUUUGUAAAAUACCACUAGUCCCCACCUGUCAUGCAUUUAGGAAUUUUGUGGUGUCUUUUUUUCUUUCUUUUUUUUUAACGAAAUGCACUGCAGCAUCUGUCCUAGACGAUGCAGAAAUUCACUCUAUAAUAGGGCCACACAGUAUUAGCUGAACUUAUCUGUGGUUCUGUGGUCAGUCUGCAAUGAUCAACGAUUUUAUGUUCACACAUGUUUUUAUUUUUUUGUUUUUUGUUUUUAACCACAUUUUCAGAAGUGAUGAUUGGUUUUAUCAUAGAAUCAGGUACUUCCUCUGCCCAUCCUGGACUGACUCCCUGAACAGUAGACACUUUCUCCUCAGGAUGCUGCAUUCAUAACACAAGGGUAUACCAGAAAAACAAACGUCUUAUUUGAAACAGCUUUGUUCAAAGACAGACACUCAGGGUUUGUGAGUUUUCCAAUUUGGAUUUAUGGAUUCAUGGAAAUAACUGACCUGCAAAAAGAUGAACUAAAUGAAAUAAGUCAAAAUACCCUCAGAGUGUGUCAAAGCUCAGUUGCCCUGGGAAUUCCUGCCUAACUUAAACCCUGCGUGUGAUGAAUGCGGCAUGAGACAACUUCAGCACGUCCUCACAGCUGACCAGCAGCCCCUCACUCAGUCUACUCUGGGACAACUUUGCUUCCCCUGCACACACUCUCUACUGUACAGUGUUGUAUCAUUGCAUAAUAAAUGUUAUUUUUUAAUAAAGUAGCA